CUCCUUCUCCUUCUCGUUCUCAUUUCCCCUCAACCACCACACACUCACGUGCUGUGGCCGUCGGCAUCCUUUCACUCUCGUACCUACCAACUCACUUCCAAUUACCUAUCAUUCCCUUACCCCCGACUCCGCCGCAAUCAUGUCUGACCGCACACCCGUCGACCGGUGCGUCUCGUCCCGCGCUAUGUCAAUCAAAUUUCCGCAGCGGGAGCAAAGUUUGCCCGCCAGAAGUUCCACAGAUUUUCAGUCCUGCAGGAGCUUCGGCGGAACCACUCUCCGAUCUUUCCAAGAUCCUCAGAGUCACAGUCCUGACACAGAAGCCAUUGCCAAGCUGGGAAUCAGAGAGUCGCAGGCGUACACGUCAAAGAUGGCGAACCAGAACUUUGACCUCAAGAUGAAAUUACACUACGAACAGAAGAAGUCCGAAGCCUGUGUCAGAGCCAUAGAAAAGCUCCAGAAGACCUGUCGCCAGAAAGAUGCGGAAAACGAAGAGCUUCGUCGGGAGAAGGCUGAGCUCGAAGCACGAAUCCAGUUCCUGCAAGAAGAGUUGGACAAACAGGCACUUGUCGUCGAGGAUGCCCAACUCGUGAACGAGUCCUACCAGAAACGAUUCGUGGAGCUUCAUGCAAGACUCGAGCAGUACCACGAAGAGGUAACCCCAAGGUACAUCAAACAAGUGAUUGCAAAACUCGAUUCUAUCGAGGACAUGCCAUCCGCUACUGGGUUACGCAUGAAGGUCACACACACCCGAAGCGACUCCGAGUUCUACUCGACACCAAUCCGAUGCCACAAUAUUACACCUUCCCAAGAAAGUGCACCUUUUACCCCCCCAGACAUCAAUAGCGAGGAAGAAAGCGAGGAAGAGUCCCAACAUUCUAGCGGUCGCUCGUACCCGUGUCUCUCACCUGCCUUGCCGAGUGAAGAAGACCUCACGAGCCUGUAUGGUCAGAACGAUAGCGAGUCCGAGCUUCCACAGCUUCCCAUCGGACAACAAUUGCCUUCAAGGACGCUUCAUGAGAUAAAACAGCAAAUGGAGGCUAGAGCCUCGUACUUCGAAGACGCAAAGAAACGCUUGGAUGGAUUUGCGGAGGUUGCUGAGGAGGCGCUAUCCCCCGUUCGGAGGAUUGGAGAAGAGCAACACCAGUCAUCGAGACAUUUUCACAUUCGUAUGGGCUCCCGGAGACAUUCAGAUUUCUAUGAACAGGGGUCACAAAGCGAGUGUUCCUUCGAGAUAGUGAAAGCGUCAAAUUCUAAGGCUUCUGCAAACGCUAAAGGCAAGGAUAUCGAAGCUGUAUCGCCAGCAACUGCGGUCCAAGCCUCGGAUCCUCGUACAAGUUUGCUGCCCACUCCGCCGCCGUCAUCGCCUGUGUCAGACAUUUGGAUCGAUCAAGCCCGCACGAGCUCAUCGAAGAGCACCUCGAGGCAUCGUCGACUGCAGACACGUUAUUCAAGAUCGUACGCGAAUGGUACUCCCGAGGUCCAUGAAGACGCGAAUGUUAUUUCCGAGUUCCGUGAAGAGGCGGAUGGUAAUUCCGAGUUCUAUGAAGAGGCGGAUGGUACUUCGGAGGUCCAUGAAGGCGCGAAUGGUACUCCCGAGGUCCAUGAAGCACGCUAUUCGAAAGCGUUACGAAGACAGCAACGCUGUGAAGCCGCCUCCGAACACGACAAAGAAAGCGAAGCCAGCUUCUCUGGUGUGGAGCGCGCAGGCUCCUUUCCGUCCAAGAUUGCUGCCGGUUUUGCGAGCGGAGUUGCUAGGUCUGCGAAGAAACUGGGCUUGAGUGGCACGAAAAAGCCAAAGGUGCCCAUGUCGAGGACGACUUCGUCGGCGUCGUUGGUGAGGCGCUCAGUUGGUGACAGACGUUUGGUGCCGCCGCCAACACUGCCCUUCCCGGUCCUCGCCGAGAGGACAAGCUGGGAGUCGCUGAAGGACAUGAUCGACGAGAAGGGCUUCCUGAGGACCACAAUUGCGGCCAAGAACAAGAUAAAGAAAACGAACAAGGGAUGGGGAACUGGUCGGGGACAAG